GGAGAGAGGAGCUAACGGGCAAGACGGCGAGUAGUAACAGCAGCGGCCAGCGGCAGCGGCGAGAGCGCCACCAGUUCAACACCUUCAUCUCCUCUCUUGUCUCUUUCACGCUCCGUCCUCGCUUUACUCUCUCUCUCUCUCUCUCUCUGCCCCCGCCCGCCCCUUUUUUACCGGAGAGCGAGAACUGCAGGGCCCCAAAAGAGGCCGGAUUCUUGAUGCUUUCUGAACCUUCUUUACUUGUCCUCUAAUGACCAUCUUCUCCUCUUCACUUCUCCCCUAGCUAGCUCCCCUUCCCUCCACUGCAAGUUUCUCCCUUUCUUCUUGGUUCUUGCACUGCGCGGAGGCAGAGAAAGCAAUGGGGACCAGGGCGGCGGGGAGAACGACGGGCCUGCCGGCGCUUCUGGCCGCCGCGCUCCUGCUCAACGCCCUUUUCGCCUCCGCGUCCGCCGCGUCCUCGUACCCAGCAAGGAUUGCGAGCAGGCUCGUGUCCACCACGGCGUCGGCGGUGGCGAAGCAGUUGUGGUCGCUCAAAUCGGCCGCCACUAAGACCGCGGCGGCGGCGGGGCGGUCCAUGGUGCGGUACGAGGGCGGGUACGCGGUGGAGACGGUGUUCGACGGCAGCAAGUUGGGGAUCGAGCCGCACGCCGUGGAGAUCACCCCCGCCGGCGAGCUGCUCGUGCUCGACUCCAUCAACAGCAACAUCUGCAGGGUCCAGCUGCCGUUGUCCCGAUAUAGUAGACCAAAACUUCUUGCUGGCUCACCAGAAGGUUUAUCCGGUCAUGUCGAUGGGAGGCUACGAGAAGCGAGGAUGAACCAUCCUAAGGGAUUCACCGUAGACGAUAGGGGCAACAUUUAUGUUGCAGACGUUAUGAACAUGGCAAUAAGAAAGAUCAGCGAUACAGGGGUUACGACCAUUGCUGGGGGGAAACCAAUUAGAAGCAGGCACAUAGAUGGGCCCAGUGAUGAUGCAAAACUUUCAACUGAUUUUGAUGUCCGGUACAUCAGCAGUAGCUGCUCCCUCUUGGUCAUUGAUAGGGGAAACCAAGCAAUUCGGGAGAUUCCACUCCACGAUGAUGACUGUGCAUAUCAGGGCGAGGCUGGUUUUCCUCUAGGAGUUGCAUUGCUUUGUGCUGCUGGUUUUUUUGGUUAUAUGCUUGCAUUGCUCCAACGCCGGGUUUUAGGGAUGGCAUCAACAACAAAUGAACCUAAAACUCCUCCCAGAGCCAGCAUUGCAAGUAUCCCUCCAUAUCAGAAGCCUUUAAAGCCUUAUGUUCGUCCCCCACUAAUCCCAAGGGAAGAUGAAGCUGUGAAACAGGAAGGCGAAGAGGGGUUCUUCACCUCAGUCGGCAAACUCAUUGGAGGGGCAAAAUCGUCCGUAUCAGAGAUCUUUUCCAAAAAGAAGCGCCUGAGCAGCCAGUACCAUCACCAGCAGCGAAGAGCUAACCCUUGGCCAGUGCAAGAAAGCUAUGCCAUCCCGCAUGACGAGACGCCUCCACCUCUGGACACAAGAGCACCAACCCCUCAGAAGAACUACGCCCUCAUGACAAAGGAGCCUGAAAAGACACACCACGUCCGCCAUGGGCGGCCUUAUUUCAACGGCUGGGAUGGACACCACCCGCAGCAGCAGCCGGAGCAGCAAAUGUACCACUACCAACAGCACCUGCAGCAGCACAGGCAGCACUCUUCCGGCCCGCGAACUUUCUACGAGCAGAGCCGUGAGGCGACAAACGAGAUCGUCUUUGGCGCGGUCCAGGAGGUGGACAGCAAGCGGCGUAUGGUGGAAAUUAAAGCUGUGAACUAUGGAGACACGUUCUAUGAGCAGUACGGGAUGAGGUACCGCAACAAUUACAUCGGCUACAACAGCAGCAAUAACAACAACUAUUGAACAGCCAACCUUUGAUAUUUUAGUUCCUUCAUCUUAGUUACAUGAUUAGACUUGCCGCUUGUUUUCUUAAUUGUGAUCCUCCACAUUGACUGUGACAAAAAAAGAA